GGCAAGCGACAAUGUCAUCGCGAUGCCUUUUUUUUCAUUAUAAUUGUGUUGUGGACUCAUUUUAUGUGCUUGUAUAUUAAAUAAUCACGUUAUUUAUUGAGACAAAUGGCUCACCAUGCUGUGCUGCAUAUGUUGACUCGUCAUUGACCUUAACAUGAUUAGGCAAACGUGAGUUGAAAACAACGCCUGUUGUUUACCGGCAUCAUGUCACACGUUAAACUAAAGACCUAAUUACGUGACUGAAGAAAAAACGUUGGAAUUUCCAUGUGCGUUGGUAACAGCCGAUUGAAAUAGCCACGGCUGUGUAUUGUUGUCAAUAUUUUAUUUUCAUUGGCCGACGAUACCAGAUUUUAAAUGCGAAAGCUCUACCCAGACUGAAAACUACAGAAUUUUAAAAUGAAAAGAAACAGACCGGACGCUUUGUGAAAUAUGCCGAUCAAUACAUAGAAACAAACAAAAACGUUCGUGAUGGUGAUGUAGCGGUGACCGCGGUGACGUCACCACAGCGCGGAGGAGCCGCUAGAAGAAGAAUUGAGGAAGAGGAGCCCUUCGGGAGCGGAUUCUUGGUGGGUCUCUGGAGCGGGGAGCACUGGUGCUGCCAUGGGCGGGAGGGCGUCUCAGCGGAGCGUGCUGCUGUCGGCGGUCACCAUCUACAUCCUGCUGGCGCUCACCACCGACAUCUUCGAGAACGUCGAGCCCAAGAAGGACGUCUUCAAGUUGGAGAAGCUGCCACUUCGUCCUUCGGAGGAGAUCCAGCUGGUGGAGUUUCAGCGUCGAAAGACGCGAGUGAAGGAGGUCUGCACAGCAUGGGGCGCGUACACUACAAAGGCCAAGUUUCUCAAAAUUGCCCAGAAACCCAGCACUGACACAAGCAAAACGAAUGACGAACUCACCAGGGAUCGCAAAGAACUUUCGCAGUCUCAGCUGGAGAGAAUUUGGCAGCUUAGUAAAAGGACAACAUUUCAUCAAAUGUUUGUAGACCGGGCACAUUCUCUAACUUGGUGUAAGGUUCCAAAGGCAGCUAGUACCAGUUGGCUCCAUGCAUUCCUAGAGUUGGCAGGAGUAAAGGAUGUUGCUUCUAAAGACAUGGCAGGAAAGCAUGCCCUCUUACGUGAGAAGUACCCCUUAUUAACCAACUCCUUGCUAAAGAGAAUUAUGCCUACAUCUAUGAAAUUUAUGGUUGUACGUCAUCCCUUUGAAAGAAUAUUAUCAGCAUACAGGGACAAAUUAGAAAAUUCUGAAAGGGAUCUAAAAGACAGGGGUGGAUACUAUUACGCUAUAUAUGGAAAACGAAUUGUUAAAGCUUACAGGAAAUCAAGUUCUGGUAGUGAAUUCAGCUCAAAUGAACGUAAGGAACCGACCUUCAGAGAGUUUAUUCAGUAUCUCCUUGACACUGAUGUUGAAGAGUAUGAUGAACACUGGAAGCCAAUAUUCCUCCUAUGUACACCUUGUCACAUCAGGUACGAUGUCAUUGCUAAAAUGGAGACUCUUGGAAAAGAUGCUGAAUUUAUUCUUUACCAUCGCGGUUUGUCUGACACAGUUAACAUUGAGUGGUCACAUAAAACUGACCAAUCCAAAAAGACUACUGAUGUUAUAAAGUCUUAUUAUUCUCAGUUAACUUCCAGUGAGAUCAAGCAGUUAUAUUACAAAUAUUUACCAGAUUUUUUAAUGUUUGAAUAUGAUGUUGAACCAUAUCUAAAUCUGAUGAAUGCUCCCAAGAGAAAUGAAACAUUAACUAUUAAUGGUGAAGAAAAUGAUGAGUAUUAUGGCGAAGAAGAAGAUGAGGAGGAUGAAGACUACUAUGAUGAAGAGGAGGAAGAGGAAGAGGAAGAUGAAAAUUAUGAAGAAAAUGAAGAAUUGGAUGAAGAUGCUGAGGAAAAUUAUUAUGAAAGCUACACAGCAGAUAAAGCCAAAGUAGUAGAAAUUACACUUAAUGAAGCUAAAUAAAAAUAAAAUCUGCAUUGGCUGUGUGCUAUGCUGUUACAUGCCAUAAGGUUUGCGUAGGAAAUAUGCAGAUAAUCAAAAGUCAUCUUUACUAGCUAUAAAAAGGGUCAUUCACAUCCUAGUUUAUUACAAUCUCAAAAAAAUGUCAUCACUUACAAAUAUUUGUAUCAUGUUAUUUUGCCAUCAGAGAAAUUAUAAUUGAUUAUUAUGUAAACAACGGAGAACUUGGAAAAUAUUUUUGGCUAGAAGAAAAAAUGUCAAGUCACCUGUUUAUGAUAAAUUUGUUUUCCAGUGCUAAUGUGAUUGACUUCGAAAACAAUUCCCCAUAGCAUCACAUCUUGCUUUUACUGUGGAUCUUUAUAAUUUAUACAGUAGAAAAACUACUGAAACAUUAUACAUUUAGGUUUGCUAGUAACAUGUGACUCUUGUAUGCACUAUUUAGUCUGUGAUAUCAUAGGUUAAGAGCUCAUUGUUUUACUGGUUUUUAUAUUCACCAUAUUGAAAUACUACAAUACAGUGUAUGGCUUUUAAGCAUAUACUUUUUACACAUGAUGAUGAUGAUGUGUAUGAACUUCCUUUUUGAAAAAACACUCAACAUGUGUCAUACUGAAAAGCAGAGUAUAUACUAUAUAUGUUAGAUUUGUCUUUGCAACAUGUAUCCAACUUUUACUACUGAAAAUUAGUUUUCAUUUGUGCUUAUAGAAUUUUAAAAUAGAGAAAAUGCAGGUAAAUUUACAUAUAACACUAUAUGUACUUACCAUUAAUUCUCCAAGGUAGACCAUAUAGUAAUUUAUAUACAUUAUGUUUUAUGGAAGAGGGAAAGUAUUUUUUAAUUUAAGUAUACUGAUGUGGGUUGCAGAGCACGAGGAAAAUUUCAUUGUGUGUUUUGAACUGCUCAGUUAUUGACAGCAGUUAAAAUGUAUAAACUAAGGGCAUAUUGCACAAGGUGUCAUUCAGCAUCAUUAUAACCAGAGUUAGCAUUUAUAAAAAAUUACAUUGAAUGAAAGUAUUAUUUUAAAUAGCACAAUAGUGAAAAAUAUGGAUGUGCCUUGACAAAACAAUGAUUUAAUCGAUGUAUAAUUGGUAAUAAACUUAAUUAUUUGUACAAAGUAAACUUGCUUUACUUUGCGUGAUGUUACUCUAUGGAUCAAUGAUCACUUCCAGUUCUAUAUUUCUCGUGAUGCUUAUGCAAGCACUUUAGCAACUGGAUACCUGAAAUACAAAUGCACUUCCAGUACUAAAACGAGAGUUAACUUAAAGAUUCAAGUAUGCUAGUCUAUUAACCUUGAGAAUUGGAAAAAACUUGAAGCUCUAACCAAGGCACUGUGAUGUAGUGAAUGUCUUCCUUUCCUUUUUUUUUUUUUUAUUGUAUAGCAUAUAAUUGUUGGCUCAAUAUAGCAAUGUAUCGAUAAUCUGUGAUGUCAAAGUUUGCCUUCUGUGAAGGUUUUGUGAUUAAUGUGGGAAAGACCAUCUUUAAUAUUGUGGGCAACAUGUUACUGUGAAGUACAUGUACAAGACUGUAAUAAAUACAUAUAUUAUA